AUGGCAGAUGCACUUAGCCAUAAGUCCUUAGGUAGCUUGGUUGACGUUCCACCAGAAAAAAAAGAAAUAGUUCAUGAAAGUGGUCAACUGGCCAGUCUUGGAGUUCGCUUGGCCGAAUCUGGAGGUAUUAGGGUUUUGGACCAAAAAUUUGCUGAAUCCUCUAUUAUAGAAAAAAUAAAGCAUCAUCAAUACGAAGAUCCUAUUUUUGCACAAUACCGAGACACAGGUCUUGACAGAGAAAAUACCCCAUUUAGGAUUAUAUCUGAUGGAGUAUUAUUACACCGGGAGAGGUUUUAUGUACCUGAUGUUGAUGGGCUACGACGACAGGUUAUGGGCGAGGCACAUUAUGCUCGGUUGUAUAUUAAGGAGAUAGUAAAUCUCCACAGAGAUCCUGUAUCCAUUAUCACCAACAGAGGUGCCCAGUUUACAGCUAAUUUCUGGAGAUCUUUUCUGGAAGUAGUGGGGACCCAGACGCUGGAAGAUAUGCUGCAGACCUAUGUUAUUGACUUUAGAGGUAACUGGGAAGAUCAUCUACCACUUGUGGAAUUUGCUUAUAUUAAUAGCUAUCAUUCUAGUAUCCAGAUGGCCCCGUACGAGGCACUGUAUUGUAGAAAAUGUAGGUCACCUGUUGGUUGGUUUGAUGUUGGUGAGACUAAAUUAAUUGGCCCUAAUCUGAUUCAGCAGGCAGUUGAUAAGGUGAAGCUUAUUCGGAAACAAUUAUUGGCAUCUCAAAGUCGACAAAAAGUGUAUAGAGAUAACCGGCGUCGACCUUUAGAGUUCCAAUUGGGAGAAGUACAUCUCAUAUUCCAUGUGUCUAUGCUUCGCAAAUUCAUUGGUUACCCUUCCAGAGUAUUUCCCGUGAAGGACAUUCAGGUGACUGAAGAGCUGUCCUACGAGGAACAGUCGGUGGCUAUCUUAGAUUGUCAGAUAAGGAGAUUGCGCACCAAAUAUGUGUCCUCUGUUAAAGUAUUAUGGCGCAACAAUCACCGAGAAGAAAUGACUUAG